AUGGAUAAAACAAAGAAUAUUUUUUUUGAAGAAGAAGAGUAUUAUUCUCAGGAUAAUUUUAACAUUAAAAAUGAAGAGGAUGAAACUUUAAAAGUUCAUAGAAAAAAAUGUGAAGAUUUGGUAAAUAAUUUAAAAACUAGUUUAGAACAAAAAGAUUUUAAUAAGUUUGAUGAUUAUUUCGAACCCAAAUCAGUAUUAAAUCGUUGUAACGAAGAGGUCAUUGGUAGAAAUUUAAUAAAGAAAUAUAUUGAAGAUAUUUAUAAUAAUGAGGAGAUUCAUUUGUACAAUGUUAGACUUUUGAUUGAUUCACGUCAAAGACAUGUUGCUUGUGAAUGGAUAACAAGAAGAAAGGACUUUUCUAAACAGAGUGAAAACGACACAUCUUUAGAGCAAGGUAUGGCUGCAUGGUAUAUUAAACUAUCUCCCAAUGACUAUAAAAUUAGAACCUGGUAUAUCUGGAUCGAUAAAGCAUAUAUUAAAAUCGAUAGUAUGGAUGCCCCCUUACCAAAUGAACAUUGGACACCCGCUCCUGUUCAGUAUUAUACCCGUAAAGAUGUAUCAGAUAUCGUUAGAGACAAAUUAGAAAAAUUCGAAAAAGAAGAUUUAGAUGAAUGGUCAAGUUGUCUUAGUGAUGAUUUAGUCAUUUGCCCACCAUUCAAUCAUGUAGCCGGUAAAAACUGUUGUAUCGAUGGGGCCAAAUUAUUCUUUGACAAUUUCGAACAUACAAGUAUUUCAAAGAUUGAACAACUCUAUGACGAAACCAAACCAAAUUGGACCACUUAUCUACAAAUUUUCUCUACAACCAACAGAAAAACUGGUCAAAAAGGUGAAGAUAUCGAUUUUGUUUUUAAUGAAAUUUUAACUGGUAAAAUUAGAUAUUGGAGAUCCUAUUUCAAUAGCACACCCAAAGGUGGUAAUCAAGAAAACACUUUUAAAUUUUUCAUUCAAACUUUAACUCAAUGCAUAGAAAAGGAAGAUCACAAAUCACAUAAUAGACAACAUCAAAAAAGUUCAUUUAUUAAAGAUGAUUUAAAAACUAAGCAACAACAACAACAAAACACAAAUCAAAAAAUAAUUGGUAGUGGCCAAAACUAGAUUCUAAAAAAAAAAAGAUUUUGAUUAUAAUUAUAAUUUUUAUAAUUUAAUUUUUAAUUUUUUAAAACUUCACAUAAAACACUCAUCAUAAAUUUUUAACAAUAAACAUUAAUGUUUCUUACUUAAC